AUGCCAUCGGAAACAUCUACCACGACAGCUAAACUGCUACUCUUAGGCGCUGGGGAAUUAGGAAAUGCAAUACUCACUCAUCUUUCCGCACUGCCAUCCAUCCGCGUCACUCUCGGCAUCCGCUCUCCAUCCAAAUACGCCCAACUGACCGUUUCCCAACCCUCUCUCACCCUGCUUCCAAUCGACCUCUCUGGUCCUUCUGCAAACCUCUCGGAAACCUUUGCAAAUUUUGAUAUUAUUGUCAGCGCAACUGGGUUCGGUGCCGAUCCAAGCACCGUUCUAAAACUUGCUCGAGAAAUUCUGAGAGCCGGAUCUAUAAGAAAGGCAAGGGGUGAGGGGGAUCUGUGGUAUUUUCCAUGGCAAUGGGGUGUCGACUACGACAUCACUGGUGAUGGACAGGGGUUGAUGCCCUUGUUUGGUGCGCAGCGUGAUGUUCGCAACCUUUUGCGAGAGCAAGGCGAAGAGAGCAAUGUCACGUGGACCGUUGUUUCUACUGGCAUUUUCAUGUCUUUUCUUUUUGAGCCAUUCUGGGGCAUCGUAGAUAGGACGCACGAAAAGGAGGGCAAGCUGGUGGUGAGGUGCUUGAGAGAUUGGGACCAUAGGGUCACCAUAACAGACGUGAACGGUAUUGGAAGAGUGUUGGCGAGGAUUGUCAACGAGGAGGUCGAGGCAAAACGGCGUGUGCUGUAUAUUGCUGGAGAUACCUUGAGUUACGGACAACUGGCUGAGAUGGUUGAAAGAGUUAGCGGGAGAGAGGUUGAGAGAGAAGAAUGGACAAUCUCACAUCUAGAGAACGAGCUUACGGCCGACUCGGACAACGACAUCAAGAAGUACAGGCUAGUCUUUGCGAGAGAGGGAGUUUGGUGGAGCAAAGAAGAGACAGUAAAUCACAAGCUGGGUAUGUGUAUGAUGGAUGUCGAGACUUACGCGAGUAAGAUAUUUGGAAAUAGAAAUACUGGCCAGUGA